ACUGCCUCCUCGCGGAGAUAUACGAAACCCGGAAGUGAGCGUUCUCUCGCCCAAAGGCAAAGAAAAGUCCGAUUUUCUUCAUGCAGUCGAUUCUUUCACAGUUUAUCCUGCUUAAUGUCGGGGUCUAUUCUGUCGUGUCACGAUAAUGGAGCCGCCGCAUAACUCGAAGCUGAGAGCGAAAAGAAAUGGAGCGGUAAACUGAAGUCAGCAUGUUGGUGACGGCGUACCUCGCCAUAAUCGUCCUGCUCGCCUCGUGCGUUGGCCUGGAGCUGACAGCGCGUCGUCUGAGUCCACCUCAAGCCACCUCUGGGUCGGCUGAGGCCAACCCAGCCUUCCGCCGCUUCCAGAGCGUCUUCCUCCGGGCCUACCUCCUGGCCCUGUGGGCCGACUGGCUCCAGGGUCCGUACCUGUACAAGCUGUACCGCCACUACAGCUUCCUGGAGUCCCAAAUAGCCAUCAUUUACGUGUGCGGCUUGGCCUCCUGCGUGCUGUUCGCUCCCUUUUCGGGCUGGCUGCCCCAAGCCCUGGGCCGCAGACGGACCUGUCUGCUGUUCUGCCUGGCUUACUCCGCUUGCUGUCUCACCAAGCUGUCCCGAGACUAUUUUGUUCUGAUUACGGGCCGGAUCCUGGGCGGUCUGUCCACAUCCCUGCUGUCCACCACGUUCGAAGCGUGGUACCUGCACCGCCACGUCGACGUCCACGAUUUCCCCAGAGACUGGAUCCCGAGCACCUUCGGCAGAGCUGCCGCGUGGAACCACGGGCUGGCGGUGGGAGCGGGUCUGGUGGCUAACUUGCUGGCCGAGUGGCUCCACCUGGGCCCAGUGGCGCCUUUUCUGUUGGCUGUCCCCUGCCUGAUGUGCUGUGCCUGGGUGCUGUUGACCGACUGGGCCAAGGAAGAAGCGGAAGCGGAAGCAGCCGAAGCCCCCGAAAGUGCCAAGCGGACGCUUCUCCUGACAGACCCGAGUCGCGCGUCCACGAAGGCCCGCUUCUCGCGCAGCUGCCGUGACGGACUCCGGUGCUUGCUGUCAGACAGGAGGGUCUUGCUCUUGGGUGGCGUGCAGGCUUUAUUUGAAAGUGUCCUCUACAUCUUUGUAUUUCUGUGGACCCCGGUUCUGGACGAUCACGGGCCUCCCUUAGGGAUUGUGUUUUCCUGUCUAAUGGCCGCCUCCCUGCUUGGCUCCUCCAUGUACCGGAUCGCCACCUCCGCCCACUACCGUCUCCAGCCUGGCCACGUGCUCUGCUUGGCUGUUCUGAUGGCGUUCUUCUCACUCUUUAUGCUGACUUUUUCCACCGCGCCGGGUCAGCCGAGACCUCACGAAUCCUUUUUCGCCUUCCUGCUGCUGGAGCUGGCCUGCGGCCUCUACUUCCCGGCGGUCGCCUUUCUCCAGGGGAGAGUCAUCCCGGAGGAGAAGCGGACGGGGGUGCUGCCCUGGUUCCGCCUCCCUCUGAAUCUGCUGGCCUGCGUCGGACUCCUGGCGCUCCACGGCGAGGUGUCGGGCGCGGGCGGGGGCGAAGGGGGCGGCGGCACCAGACACAUGUUCGGGGGCUGCGCCGUCAUGAUGCUGGCGGCCUUGAUGGCUGUCGUCAGUUUGUUCACGCUUGGCAGAAAUGACCCGGACCUCAGACUGGAGGGAGCGAGAGGAGAAGGCGAAACGUACUGAAGGCCGCCGCAAGUCUCCGUUUGCUGAUGGGUUUCACGUGUGCUUGCGGCUGAGAUUAGAAACCAAGAAAAGGAUGUAGAAGCGCAGAAAAUGCAUUUGAUGUCGAUUUGGAAUCAGGUACUCGUGUUCAUAUAUAUCAUUUACAAGCUGACUCGAAGGCAUCUGAUUGCUAAUGGCUUCUUAACGUCCUGAAUGAUGAUGAUGAUGAUGUUGAGCAGGUGUUCUCUGUUGAUUUUCGAGUGUGCAGGCCGUUGUCCCCCUUUUUGUUACAACAAAACAACAAAAACGGCAAUACCGGGUGAGCCCAGCAACUCCGGAAACCUUGUGAUGAACUCCCCUCGGGAAGUUUGUAAGUCUUUCACUGUGAUUUGAAAUGAGUGCAAGUGACUGGCAUCUUAAAAUGGGAUUAUUGUGUUGGUUCUGAGCUUUGGGGUAGGAAAAAAGUGGACCUCCUUGUUCAAAAUAGAAGUGCAUUCACUGUAUGACAAAACCAUAAAGAUAUGGGAAAAUGGAUGGGCUUCGCGACUCGAGCAUUGUUGCAGUAUUUAUGUAAUUGUUAGUAACACCAAAAGGUUAUUUGGGGAGACUUUUCAUAUUGGGCAGGUUUAUGGUCAACAUUUUGUUUUUAGAAUGUACAAUAAAAUUGUAUGACUGGC